CCAUCAGAGGCAGGGUUGGUUCAUUUUCAUGGUUUUGUGCUUCUCUAACACCCAUCCUCCCUUUGUCUGUGCAUGCAGGACACAGAGGUCCUGAACACAGCCAUUCUGACGGGCAGAAUGGUGUCAGUUCCAGUCAAGGUCGUUGCCGUGCAGGAGGACGGGUCCGUGGUGGACGUUUCAGACUCCAUCGAGUGCAGAUCAGCUGAUGAAGAUGUCAUAAAGGUUUCUGACAGCUGUGACUCCAUCUUCGUUAAUGGCAAGGAAAUGAAAAGCAAAGUGGAUACUAUUGUUAACUUCACUUAUCAGCAUUUUACCACCCAAUUAGAAGUGACGGUCUGGGUUCCAAGGCUCCCACUGCAGAUAGAGAUCUCUGAUACAGAGCUUAGCCAGAUCAAAGGCUGGAGGAUACCUGUCACCUCCAAUAAAAGGCCCACCCGUGACAGCGAGGAAGAAGAAGACGAUGAGAAGAAAGGCAAAGGUUGUACCCUCCAGUACCAACAUGCCAUGGUGCGAGUUCUUACCCAGUUUGUAGCCGAGUCCUCGGAGUUUGGAGGCCACCUGACCUACAUGCUGGGCUCUGAGUGGCAGUUUGACAUCACUGACCUUGUGGCUGAUUUCAUGAAGGUAGAAGAGCCCAAGGUUGCUAAACUUCAAGAUGGUCGAGUUCUGGUUGGUCGUGAGCAAGGCAUCACCACAGUCCAGGUUCUGUCCCCUCUUUCGGAUUCCAUCUUGGCAGAGAAGACAGUGAUAGUUUUAGAUGACCGGGUAACCAUUACAGAUCUAGGAGUACAACUAGUUUCAGGCUUGUCUGUCUCCUUACAAAUCAGCAAAGGAAAUAAGAGAGCAAUCGUUUCUACCACCUCUGCCUAUGAUAUCCUUCACACUCCAAAACAGGAAGCCAUAGUCAGUGCUUGGAUUCUGUUCAGUGAUGGGUCAGUGACACCGUUGGAUAUCUAUGACUCCAAGGACUUCUCCAUCACCAUCACUUCUCUGGAUGAGAUGGUCGUGUCUUCACACCAAAACCUUCAGUCCAGCUGGCCUGUCGUGGUGGCAGAAGGGGACGGGCAAGGACCUCUGAUUAAAAUUGAAAUGGUCAUCAGUGAGCCCUGCCAGAAGACUAAGAGGAAGAGCAUUUUGGCUGUUGGGAAGGGAAAUGUCAAAGUGAAGUUUGGUCAAAAAGAUUCUGACCAAAAAGGAGGCACUAAUGACAUUGAUGAUGUGGAGAGGGAUUUUAAAAGCCAUGCAAGCAAUUCUAUAGAGAAAGCUGCAGAACAAGAUAGGACAGCACAAGAAUGGUCCAAAAACCACGAGGACAUGUUCAGUCAUGAGGACAAUGCAAACAAAAGCACAACUUUCAUGUCUCCCAUUGAUCAGGAGUCCCUGGAGGAUGGACAGCUCCAAAAUAACCCAACUGCCUUCACAGGUUUCCCUACACAAGUAGAAAUACCAGGAGAAAACAAUCCCAGUGAUCUCUCAUUGACUUCAAGAGGAUUAACAGAUUUGGAGAUUGGCAUGUACGCACUGCUGUGUGUUUUCUGCUUAGCAAUCUUGGUCUUUUUGAUUAACUGUGUGGCAUUUGCUUGGAAGUACAGGCAUAAAAGGUUUGCUGUGAGUGAGCAAGGCAACAUCCCCCAUUCCCAUGACUGGGUCUGGCUCGGAAAUGAGGUUGAACUGCUGGAAAACACGGUGGACAUUUCACUCCCGUCGGAGGAGUGCACUACCAUGAUUGACAGAGGAAUGCAGUUUGAAGAAAGCAACUUCCUCCUUAAUGGGAGUUCUCAGAAGACUCUUCAUAAUCAUAUCCUCAGAUCUUCUGAGUACCUUUGUGAAAAAGAAGUUAAAAGUGAACCUAUAAAUCCUUCUGGGCCAAAGCAGAAGAGAGUAAAGUUCACUUCAUAUACAACAAUACUGCCCGAGGAUGGAGGCCCCUACACCAACUCAAUUCUAUUUGACAGUGAUGAUAAUAUUAAAUGGGUAUGCCAAGAUAUGAAUCUUGGUGAUUCCAAGGAACUUAGGGACUAUAUGGAAAGACUGCAAGACAAUAUGUAAAACUACUUUCUUAUGUUUGUAAUCACCUUUAUGCCUUCUGUUUAUGGAUGGUGGAGCGGUCAGACCAGUCAGCAAUAGGAACAAGACAGUCCAACCUUGGAGUUACUGAGAUGAUAACCUGAUAUCAGUGAGCAGGUACAAGAGGCUGGCUGAGUUAAUCCUGUUUCACCACAAACCAGGAUGUGCCCCUAAAACAGCUACCUGUAGGUGUUGGAGGUGUCCCACACGAUGGCUGUUUUUGUAUACUGCCUGGUACUAGCAAAACGCUAAUACAACUACGCUCAGACUCAGAGGAGACUUCAUUUGUUUGUCAUCUCUCAUGAUAAAUGGUAAAUCGGAAAAGGAAGGGAUAUUUGUUGGCAUUGAUUUUUCUAGUCGUCGUCCUUUGUAAAGCACAGUGGACAUUUCUUGCUUACAGCCUGAAACGAGGCUUACAGAAAAAGGGAUCGGAAUGAAUCUAAUUUUAUUGCCUAUGUGCAAUGCAGCCAAGAAGUCUUAUUAUUUUUUACAGAUAUAACCCCCCCCAUGUGGUUAAUUUCAUCUUCUGUUGUUUAUGAAUUUCAUUUGACUUAGGGAACAUUAAAUAUUUUCUUUGAAGGGGUUUGUUUUCUUUUUUGUUGUACCAAAGUGUAGUACAGUAAUAUUUAUAAUGAUUUGAGUUUUCUAUUCAUCUGCAUCAGCCCCUAGAGAUACCUCCUUCAUCACUGAUUAUCUUCCUCCUUUCCAUAUGGGUAUAUGGGUCGUUAGUAUUUGAAAUAUAGAAAGGUAUUAGAACUCUUACUGGGAAAGGGUUGUAUCUUCUUACAGGGAACUGUAAAUAUAAUAAUAAACCCUGGAAAAUAAAAAUCAAGGAGUAGCCCUGGGUUCACUUUUGUCAUUGCUAAUAUGAAAAAGUAACCUGCAACAAAACAGCACAUACUUCAAAGGGAAAUGCUUUGCUGAAACAGCAGCUUGGUUGACAAUACACGUUAUUAUCUGAAUGAGAAAGUCAAAUGUGGUAUCGAAAUGCAUGGAAUAGGAAGGAAGCUUCCUAGGAAAUAAGCAAAGCUUGGAUCUACUGUUACUCUGUACUAGUUAAUACACUGGUGGUAGAGAUUAGCAGGACAGAGAAGUUCAUGCUCGACAGCUCAUGCCCCAGACCUUGUCUAAAACAUCUCUGUCCAUAAAGCCAUUAAAGAACAAAACUUUACACCAUGUUUCAUUAAAAGCAAA